AUGGCUGGACAUAUCAUGGACUGGAGUGCACAAGAUGUUGUAAACCUCCUGAGCGAUGUUUUAGAUGAACGCGAAAAGGACCUUAUCAUACGGCUUGAUAUCAACGGUCUGGUUUUGAAGGAAUUCGCUUCUCAAAAAUUCCUUGUCAAAGUGAUUGGUUUGAGCUAUCGCUCCGCAAGUGUUCUGCUACUUCGUUUCAAGGAUCACCUGGGUAUCACCAUUGUCGAUACAGGCGCAGACGAUAGUGACUACGUCCGUGUUAGCAUCCCACGUCGAUCAUUUGACAGCCUUGGAAUGCAUGGUGCAGGUGAUGCGUCGGAGACAGCAUGGCGCAGAAGACGUUAUCGGAUUCGUGUCUUGAUACGUCUUAUCUUAGGAGAAUGA